UGUAAUCAUCUGAGACGUGAUUCAACAGUCGUGAGAUCUAGUUCAUCCGUCAUCAGUGUCACUAAUAAGAGAUCUCUUUUGUUUUCCGCCAAUAUAAAAGGUAUGACAAAAAUCUUGCUGAAUUAAGUUGUAAACAAACCACGACGGCGAUCGUCAUUUAACAAAAUCUUUAGCCACCACAAGUAGUAAACCAUCAUGGUACCUUUGAAAUCAAUCUUUUUCGUUUUAUCGGCGUUAUAUCUCUUCAAAUCUGCCCAAGGUACUUGCGUAUAUCCGAGGCCUGACAAAGGGUGUUCCAGUUUGCCAGCAGUUAAAAUUGUAUUCGGCGCUAGUUCUGUAAACCUGGUACCUUCUAACAACGGUCCCAUUUUUUAUGACGAAUCGCAACCGCAACCGCAACCCAUUAAUAAUAAUUAUAACCCCUACUACCCUCCCAGUGAAAGUAAUAGCCAGUACGAAAGUCAAUACAAUCAAGCCGCUGUUGUUAAAUCUGACGAUGGUUCUAUAGCAGCAUCAGCAACCGGUGUACAAAACCAGGGUCAGAGUUCAUAUAGUACUGCAUAGUUCUACGACAUGCGACAUGGGCCAAAAAAUGACUCUACAACUUCUUCCCCCGGGCUUAACUGGGAAUAAUAACAUAUACUCUUGU